AUGGACGAAGGGACAUCCUAUAAUAUAUUGACAGAGCUGGGAAUGACCUCUAAUCAGUAUAAUCUGGUCACGGCCAUGUACUAUGUUCCGUACAUUGUCGCGGAGGUGCCGUCAAAUCUUCUACUGAAGAGAGUCCGGCCUUCAGUCUGGCAAGCGCGGAUUCAAAUAUCCUGGGGUAUUGUUCUCUGCUGCCAUGCAGCUGUGGUAAACAGACAAGGCCUCUACGCUGUUCGGUUCUUCCUCGGCCUUUUCGAGGCGGGCUUAUGGCCCGGUAUGCUUGUGCAUCUAUGCUACUGGUACCGACCGGACGAACUUGCUCCCCGCGUUGUUUACGUGACGCUUCUUGGAUGCUUCAGUACUGUUCUCAGUGGCGUGCUCGCAUUUGCCUUUAAUGGAGUAACCACGGGUGGUCUGUCGGGAUGGAAGUGGCUUAUUUUGACGGAGGGGAUUGUCACUGUUGUACUAGGCCUCUGCACUUAUUUCUUUUUGCCAGACUUCCCAUCGUCUGCAAAGUGGCUCUCAGAAAGAGAAAAAGCUUUUAUCCAGGCCCGUCUACCCAAGAAUGCCCCCCGAGCAUCUGAAGCGAACUUCAACAUGCGAGAGCUCAUCGCAACAUUGAAAAAUUUGAGAAUUUGGCUGUUUCUAUUUUGCUGGGCGUUCUUCACAAUCGGAACAACAGGUCUUACUUUCUAUCAGCCAACCGUGAUUGCUAAUCUCGGCUUCACAUCCAUGGGCACAUCGCUUCUGCUGAAUAUCCCAACAGCUGUUUUCGCAGUCCUCCUAACAGUCGGAUUUGGUAUUUUCGCUGACACAGGCCGAAUCCCCCAGCCCGCUAUCCCACUUGGAUUCCUGAUCGUCAUUGAAGCCUGUUACGGUGUACUCUAUGCAUUUCCCAAUAACGGCGGCGUAUACGCAGCAACAAUCAUAUCAACAGGAUUUUCAACCGCAUGGUACACAAUGAUGUGGCCCUGGCGUGUACAGACUACCGAAGGUGCAACGGGUUCUGCCUUUGCAAUCGCAUUUGCGAAUAGCUAUGGUCAGAUCGGGGGAGCGGUAGGCUCACAGCUAUUCAAUUCGCGGUAUGCACCGCAUUAUUCUACGUCUUUUGGAAUAGCGAUGGGCUUUGUGGGGAUGGCUAUUAUUAUGACAAUUGUUACUUGGUGUUAUACUUGGAGGGUUGAUGUUGAUACCAGACGGUUGAAGAGGAUGAGGAUUGCUGCUGCGAAAGAGAAUCAGGCUAUUUUGGAUGAUGUUGAUAUUCAUCGUGGUGAGAAGAUGGAUUAG